AUGCUGGAACAUUCACACCUACCGCUCCGGCUCGUCAGGCAGAAGCGCGACGAUGGCAGUGGCUGCGCCGUCUGCGCCUCAAUCGAGCCGUGCCCGCCCUGCAAAAAGGGCUACCAGUGCCAGCAGAUCUUCCGCUCGUCGUGCCAGACGUGCCCCGUCAACAAGUGCGUCCCCAUCGACGGAGAGGGGUCGGGCUCGUCCGGCAGCAGCUCGUCGAGCCUCGGCGGAGCGCUCGGUGGUGUUCUCGGCGCGCUCGCCAUCGCGCUGGUGGCCUUUCUUCUCUGGAGGAGAUCGAGGAGGAAGCGCAUCGCCUUAGAAAACGACGCCCGGCGCCGCUCGGAGCUGGCCGCCCAGGAGAAGCGUGGCCUGGAAAAGGGCGGCGUCACCAUCCAGCUGGGCGGCGGCGGUGCCAAUGGCGGCGCCAAUGGCGCUCACCAGCCCGAUCUGCUCGACAAUGACACGGAAUGGACGCAAAUCGAGGGCAACCCGCUCGAGAGCCUCGACACGCUGGACCCGCUGCAGGAGCCCACCGUCUUCAAACGCCGGUCGUUUGGCGCCGCGACGCACCUGUCCAAGAUCACCGAGGGCGCCGAAGAGGAAGAGGAAGACGAGGACGACGACGAUGCAGCUCGAAACGGCGAUGACGACGGCCAGCGAGGCGGUCCAGGCACCGGUCGGGCCAGCACCAGCGGUCGCUCCAGCCGGCACGGUCGCCAAUCGAGCAAGAGCUCGUCGGUCCAGGUCGGCGGCGCCGGUCCAAGGAUCAGCGUCGGCAGCGGCACCACCUUCUCGUCGGGCAACAUCAUCCCCAUCACCUUCAGACCGAGUCCAGCGUCGCCUGCAAGCUCCAUGGGCGUCCCCAUCUCUCCAGGACCUCAGUCCUCGGAAUCGGGCACCCCGCCUUCGGUGCCCGCACCCGCCCAUCGCGCUGUGGGUGCGCCUAUCGUCGAAGUCACGGGAUCGCAGCAGCCGUUGCGACCGGUCCGAUCUCCGCAUCUCAACCUGCGCCUGGCCGAUGGCGCCGAGCCGGGUCAGAAGCCCAAUGCCGGUGGCGCCGGCCCCUCUUCGAUGCUUUCGCCAUAUGCGGUGCCUGGUCCCGGCGCUGCUGCCAACGGCCGCAAGCUGAGCUUCAUGAACAUCGACCCAGCGUCCGCGCUGCAGCAGUCGCGCGUCUACCUGCGUGCCGACAACCGCCUGUCGACCGCGACCGUCAACACGAUGGCUUCGGUCUCGACGGCCGGCCUCGACUACGUGCUGAGUGCGCCGCAGAUCAUCACGCCGGUUACGGCGGACGGCGCGCGGCGCGUGCAGCUCAACAAGGGCGGCAAGGCGCAGCUGGUCCGGGGCGGCUCGCUCAAGAGGAAGGACGGCGAAAGUGGCGACUCUUCGCCGACCACGACACCCUCGGCAGUCGAGCACGGCGAUCCAUUCUCGGACGCCGCCGCCGCUGCCGGUGCCACGGUCACAACGAGCCCAAUCCACGACGGCACGCUCAAGCCGCGAUACGCGCAAUCCGUGGGCCGAAGCCACAUGAGCACGUCGACGCUGGGCAUCCCCUUUGCAGACGAGACGUUCAUGCUGCAGGACCCCACGAAUUCGAGCCCAAUCGACGCUGACCGUUCCUCGUGGCUAGGCGCCAGAACUUCGUUCGCCACAUCGAUUGGACGGGACGGGCGCGAGGAUGGCGGCAGCAACGGUGGCGACGACGGCGACGACGGCGACGAUGACCGGAGGAGCCCAUUUUCGGACGAGGCGGCGGCGAUUCCGCUGCCGGACUCGAUGAGGUCGACGCCGAUUGAGCGGAUGUCGACUGCGAGUGGGGCUCCGGCCGGGACGCGCGGCGCUUCGACGGUGUUUGAUGCAUCGCGCUCGAGCCGCACCGACUCGAUUGGCGGGCUGAGCGUGUUUGACCAGUUCCCGAUCGCGAUUGGCACCGAGCCGCUGCCCGCCAACGCACAGAGCAAGCUGAUGAGCAUCGCCGAGAGGGACGAUGCCCGAGGUCGGGGUGACGGGGCGGGGCAGAGGGGCGUCCAGCCGGAGGUGGGCGAGGAGGCGGACGAGGAGGCCGAGGAAGAGCUGGUGGUGCCGCGUCAGGCGUGA